ACAACACAGAUUAUGGUCUGUAAAAAGAAUAAAAGACAUAUUCAAUCUACACCAUCGGCAACUUCAGCAUCAGCCAAUAAGACUCAGCCCAAAAGCCUUACAGUAACAGAUACGGAACUACAAGAACUUAUAUGCCAAGGUUUAAUAGUUGAUGAAGUUCACGAAGUAUUAUCAUAUGAUCGAAAAAAUAUGCCUUGGGUUGAUAACUUUAUUAAUCUUUCGAUUGAGCUCAAAUACCAAUGCAAUGAUCCAAGAGAAAAAGCAUAUCACGCCUUAAUGAGAGAACUAUUUAGCAUGAAGGCAUUUCGUGAUGCAUCCAGUCAAGAUGGUCUCAUUUCUAAGGCGGAAUAUUAUGGAAAUAAAUAG